AAUACUUCAAUAUGCAUAUCCUGGUCACAAACGAUGACGGUCCACCAAGCGCGCAAGCCUCGCCAUACGUCUUGCCGUUUGUCAGGACUCUCGAAGCGGCUGGCCACACCGUCUCCGUGAUCUUACCCGACCAACAACGUUCGUGGAUCGGAAAGUCUCACAUCGUUGGCAAAGAUGUCAAGACAGUCUUCUACUGGCCACCAGAAGGAGAUGCGCCUGACGUCCAUUCGGAAUUGCCAUCCUACACCGACAAUGGAAAAUACCCUUGGGUACUGGUCAACUCGACACCGGCAGCUUGUAGCCAACUAGGCCUGGACUGUUUCUUCACAGAUCGUGGCCCAAUCGACCUAGUGAUUUCCGGACCAAACUAUGGCCGCAACACCACGGCCGUCUUCGCUCUCUCGUCAGGAACUCUUGGUGCAGCGCUCGAAGCUUCGGUAUGCGGGUACCGCGCCAUCGCAUUGUCAUUCGCAUUCUUCGACCGCAAGAACGACCCAGAAGUCGUCGCAGAGAGCUGUACGCAGGGUCUGCGGGUCUGCGAAUGGCUCGCGAAGAACGCAAGCUGGAACGCUGGACAGCUGUACAGCGUCAAUGUGCCUGUCAAGAAAGGCGUGACAAAGUCCAAGGUGACUUUCACAAAGAUGUUACAGAAUCAGUGGGAGAAGGGCGCUUGCUU